UUCUAUUCACUUUGGCGCCAUCCCGGGUUCGCAUAAGCUUGGUUGGUGAGAAGAGCGAAGAUUUUACAGCUAGCCUGCGCCGCCGCUGACUGCGGAAACGGACAGAAAAAAGUGGAAAACCGUUGCUCCGCGAUGAAUCUCAGCAAACUGGGGUGAGAGGGAACGUUUACCUUGACAGUGAAAAUCAAUUACUUUUCACCGAUUGCCGUGCUGUGGCGUAGAAUGCUCUGCUAAGUGUAGCGCAGGAUGUCGAAGGUUUGUUUUCUGUGCAAAAGCAGCGAGGACGACGAGCUGCUGUUCGGCAAGUUCUACACCAAAUGGAGGCUGUCCGUACAUUAUUAUUGCUUGCUGCUGUCGUCUAAUCUGGUGCAGAACGGUGUGAACGAUACGGUCGGCAUCUUUGGCUUUCUCGAGCAGGAUAUCCGGAAGGAGAACGAGCGGACGAAGAAAUGCCGCUGCUACAUCUGCAAGGAGAUGCACGCGAACGUGUCCUGCUGCUCGAAGAAAUGCUUGCGCACGUUUCACACGGUCUGCGGCAUCAAGAACCGCUGCCUGUCCCACUACACGGACACGUUCCAGUCGUGGUGCGCCUCCCAUAUACCGGUCGAGCGUGACGCCCAGCCGCACACGGCCGAGGAACCGUGCUCGAUAUGCUACGACGAGAUGGGGCAGUACGAUCGGAUCACCUCCAUCAGGGCGCCGUGCUGCCGGAACGGGUGGUUCCACCAGCGCUGCGUCGCACAGUACGCCCAAUCGGCUGGGUACUUCUUCAAGUGUCCGCUGUGCAACAACGAGGACACAUUCUUGCCCGAGAUUCCACGGCGCGGUGUGUUUGUACCUGAGCGAGAUGCGGCCUGGGAGCUGGAACCGAACGCGUUCCAGGAGCAGCUGGUUCGGCCGACCGCAUGCGACGCGGAAGAUUGUAAAUGCGAGCAAGGGCGCAGCGUGGACAGCCACGAGUGGCGGCUGGUGAUAUGUGGGUCGUGCGGCUCCACCUGCCGCCACCGGCAGUGCAUGGAGGCGACGCCCGAGCUGACGCGUGCCUACGUGUGCCAGCUGUGUCGGCCGAUUCUUGGCGAGCGAGUAUCGCUGGUCGAGGAUAGCGACGACGAUAGUAGCGAGGAUGAGACGGUAUCGUCUGGUUCGUCCAGUUCCGCGUCCCAGUUCGACAAAGUGCGCCCGGCUAAAGAGCUGUCGAGGCCGGGCUCGGGCGAGUCGGGCGUACACUGCUCAAGCUCAAGCGACGAAGCGCUGGUCGCCGUCUGCCGGCGAGCUCGCCGAAACGUGGCUACCAUUGCGUCGGACGGCUCGGACAGUGAGCAUUCCGAUGCUAGCUCCGUGCAGUUAAGACGCUUCGUGCAGCAGAACACGGGGAAGCGUGUGCGUCGACUGGUGUCCGAUGAAUCGGACGAGGGAACUAGCAAUCCCAUGGGCGUGGAGGAGGAAGAAAAGGAUCCGUCGGAAGCCGGUGGACUAUCAAAGUCUGGUACCAGCAAGCAUUCAAAGACAGACACCAAACCGACCACUGCGCUUGCGUUGAGCGUUGAUCGCUCACCGGCUGAGCGGGUGGAUGAAACGUCCGGCGUAUCCGCAGCUCCUCAUCCUGACGUAGUUUCUAAUGACUCGACCAGUGAGAGCAACAUGAGCAUUAGAAAACCGAAACGAGCAAAUGGCCGUCGGCGCAGUCUAUCCACCUCCUCCGAUGAUACCCACGAUACGCGUUCGGAAGACGGAAGUCAUGUUUCGGAAGAGCUUGAUGAUUUGCCUCUGAGCAUUUUCCGGCAGAAAAUGCGUGGCAACAAAACGAAACCAUUGCAAAAACUGUAUAAGCCAUCACGCAGGCGAUCAUCACUAGGACCGGAGCGCACCACAAAGCUUUCGGCCGAUACAGGCUGCAACAAACCGGAGGACGCUAAACACACCAACCACUCAAAUGCAUCAUCCAAUAAUGAUGAUGAUGGCAGGAGAACGAGACAGCUGACCAGAAGACUGUCGUUGAACGAUGCCGGCAAGCAGCGGUCGACCAGCGAAAGCAGCAGUGAAAUACUACCACGGAAACGGGCAGUCGCGCGCCGCCCGAGACUUGACUCUUCCUCCGAACAGUCGGAAAAGCGAGAAGCCGUCUCAGACGAAACCACCAGCAGCAAGGCGCCGCGUAGCAAACGGCGCCGCCUUUCCCGCGAGCAGCAGCGGCACAGGCCGCGUAUCGUCAGCCCACCAAGCACGCCACCGUCGCUUGCCUCGGAAACGACGUCGCAACAAUCGGACACCGGCAGUACCACCGGUGGCGCCGACGCCAGCGAAGAUCUGAAACACACCACCACCCCCACCUCGUCCUCCUCCCACCCCACCCUCGCUUCGGGCGGGAGUACACCGAACCGGCAGCAGUACCAGCAGUCGAUUCUAAAGUUUGUCAACUGUUCGGCGCGCAAAACAACCCCGUCGAGCAGUAGCGAUGGGUCGACGGAGGAGACAACUUCACCGCUCUGGUUGAAGCAGACUGGGAGAAAUGGGAACAGUGACCCUGGCAAGGCGGAAAGCGGCACCAAAAAACAGGGUAGCCCAGCAGAUGGCGGUAAACGUGCAAUAGCGGUCAAACGAAAACGCAGCGCGACGGAUCCACCAAAGCGAAGCAGAACGACCACGGAGGACACCGAUGGCAAACAGCCGAACGACAGCAACGGGACACUGCAGGGGCCAACAACGAGUAAAGCGACCGCCGCAAACAAAGCAAAGAAGGACAAGGCACAGAACAAUAUACUGAACUAUUUUAACCGCUGCUGAGUGGAAUCUGCUACUGUUGGUUCGCCCGGCAUUUAGGUGACUUUUGAACAGUUUUAUCUUAGCUAAUGAACGAUACUGAUUCCGGUGGGAGAGUGGUGUGUAGCAAGAAAUGUUGGCCGCAACAGAUUGCCAGCAGCUAUGACGUGGGUGCCAUCGUUGCCCCCAUUGCAUUUCUUUUUUUUUUAUUAUUUUCUUGCUUUCCGGAUCAUCCUGGCAUUUACGAACAUUUACCUACUGUAUAACCUCGUGUACUGGAUGGUGAAUAAUGUUAUUGUUCUAGCUUAUCUAUUCUAGUAUUAGUUUUUUUUUCUCUCUGUACAACCGAAACAUGUUUUGAUGCGAUUUGGUUUUUAAUUGACCCUUUCUCUGCAUUAA